AUGGGGCAGCAGUGCCCGAGGCUGGGCAGCCACCUCCUUCCUGUCCCCUCUGAGCCUGGCCUGUGGGCUCAGCAGAUCAGCACUUUCUGCAAGCCCCACACACAGCAAACAGAGCCUGGCCAGGCAGUCAGUGGCACGCCUCUGGAGGGCCGGCCGGCCAGGCCCCGCUGCCAGCCAGGGGCUCGGGCAUCUUCCCCUGUCACACUACCCGCCAUGAUGUCUCUCUCCUUCUUGGGGUCUCACGUCUCUCCUCACCUUUCCUGGCCACCCCGAGACCCUCCCCAGUGCCCACGGGGGAGCCAAGUGGCCAGGGCACGCCCUUCCCUGCCGCCCCCUGCCCCGCAGCCGGCCGUGCUCCCUGUUCCGGCUGCAGAGAGAAGCGGGCGAGGCCCCGGAGGAGGGUAUCCCAGACCCGCCUGGAGCGUGGCGGGCGACCGUGGCCCCAGGGAGCUGGAUCCGGAUGACCGGCCAGCGCGUCUCUCGGGAUGGGAAGCCCCAUUUGAGUAA